AUGCCGACCUGGCGAGAUGAAUAUCUUCAGUCCAUCAAGGAGACAGAGCGGAAUAAUCCUGUGAACGGACCGCUUGUCGAAGCAUGCUCGCAAUUGCAGGACAGGGUCGCAGCUCUGGAAGCCGAAAAAGCGAGUCAAUUCGCAUCAGCCGGGGCACCUCCCUCGAACACAAGAACGGGCGAGGCACCUGAUGCAGCAGACGCAGCCAGCACUGAGUAUGCACUGAGCAGACUGCGACUGGAACUGGCAGAGGCGCUGCGGUCUCAAGGGCAGUUACAGUCUCGCCUGAAAGCGGCAGAAGAGGAACUGGAAACCUUGCGGAGCAAAACAAAAAAUGAUACAAGAUCCAUACGCAGCCUCACAAGCGAAAGAAACAUGCUCCUAACCAAGGUCAAAGAUCGUGAUGAGGAGCUCCGCGGAAAGUCGAAACUUGUUGAGAACGUCCAAGACGAGCUCAUCGCCCUCAAUCUACAGCUGAACAUGGCUGAACAACAACGGGCCAAAGUUCAGGCUGAGAACAAGGAGCUCGUCGAACGCUGGAUGAAGAGGGUCGGCCAGGAAGCUGAUGCAAUGAAUCUAGCAAAUGAACCAUUCUUCAAGAAGGAGAGAUGA